AUGGGGAUUUAUCGCUCUCUCAGAAGCACGUGGGACGCAUUCCAGAUCGGACUCAAAGGCGAGUACUCCCCGGCGCGCGUGCUGGCUUUGAACGAGUACACCAACUCGACUCCAUGGUGGCGCGUCGCCGGCAUCAUUUUCUUCACUCCACUGCCCAGCCUCAUCUACAUCUGCCUACCCGAGACGGUCGACCUCUCCCCGCCUGAGUUAGGAAUAGCAAGUAACAAGACCUUCUUCGGCCGCUUCUUCCUCUCGUACACGAUGUGGUGUCUGCUGCAGAUGCACAUGAUAAGUGAGCGAAUGCCUCUACUAUCGGUCUCCAAGAAACAACUCGUCGUCAGUGCAGUCACUGUUGCAGCCUUUUCAACGGGUGUGGAGCUGCUCUACGCGUGGUGGAUCGGCUUCCCAGUACCUUAUACGAUCCACAUGAUGGCGGUGCCGUACUUGUCGCUCAUGUUCUUCGCCUUCGCUAUCGUCUGGUACCCGCACGUUCGUGAUAACUGGAGCUUACUAUGGAAGAUAGCGGACGCCAUUUUGAUCUGCGUUUGUCACGGACUCAUGAACGGUAUCGAGAGUACUGCGUUCUCGUUGGUGCUACCGGUGCUCAAGACGCUGUAUCGGGUGAUGUUCUACUACUUCUGUCGCUCUGCUAGUGGCGAGAGGAUCACGAUUGUCGUUGUGUUUAAUGGUGAUCUGGUCAACGCACUUUUCGUAAGUUUCUGCAUGCAGUACCAGCCCACGUGGGUGACGACAGCCAUCCUCAUGGUUGCCAACGCGCUGCAAGUGGUCCUAGCAAUCCGCGACAUUGACAGUAUUCGCAAGAAAAUCGCAGAUACAGCAGUGAAAAUUAUGCAGCUACGACAAACGGGUAAGCACAGUUCCAAGCUACCCGGAGCUCGCGUCGCCACCUUCAUGAUGCUGCCUCAAGCCGCCGACAUCUUCCAGAGAUACAGCUUCGACUCAGUCAAGGCGGGUGUGAAGAGAGCGCAGAGAUUUAUCAUCAGCCAGACGAGCGAUGUGGGCAAACAACUCCUACGCAGCAACCAGAUAAUACCCGUGGACAAUUCGAUCGUUCACAUCGGUCCGAAGACUAGCAGCAUUGUUGCAGCCCUCUCAGAACUGCAGCUGCUCGAGCGCAAAAACGUGAGUCUCGUACGUAAGCUCAUGUACGCGUCCGCGUUCUCCAUCCUCACAGCAUUCGCGGAAGUCAUCACGCCCAUCGUGUACUGUACGUCGCUGUACUUGUCCUUAGUUUUUCACAUGCCCAACCGCAACUACUACUCGCAGAUCGCGAGCAUGAACUCGACGCACCUGGCCAAGCUGGUAGUAAACGUUCUACUGUACAGUCUCGUCGAACUCGCCUCCUUUGUCGUGCUCACUCUGAGACUCAAGAGACGACUCGACUUCUCGACGCUGCACCAGCUUGCGUUCGUGCUGGACAAGUACAUGAUCCACGUGCAGACGGCGAUUAUCUUGUGGGUCUUCUACACGACGCAGAUCUCCCUCGAGCACUACGGCACAGACUACACUUUCCAGUUCGCGUGGCUCCACAGCAACUCGACAGCGUGA